CUGUUUCUAUUUUUGAUCGCGUUUCGAAAAGUUAUUAUUGUGUUUCCUGUGAUGUGGUAAUUGGUGCGAAAAUUCCGACGAUUACUGAGUAUAAUCUUCAAACCAAGCGUGGUUUAGGAUCAAUCGUACUACAGUCAGUUCAUCAUGUUCGGACCAGGGCGGUCAACAAAGAGAGUACUGACCGAGCGCCAAUCCAGUGAAAACCUGCCAACCCCUAAAAGACAAGUUUCACAGUGGACGACACCCACCAGGACUAAAGAGAACAGAAGACCAUCUAACCAGGCCGGUGCAAGCCCUUCGGUCGGUCGACGUCCCUCACAUCAGCAUCAUGUCAGCUCCAGUCCAUUCCAUCAAUUCAAAACUCCUACAAGGCCUCCAAGAUCAAUUGACACAGCUCCAAACACACCGGAAUGCUACAGCAAGGUGGAGAUAGGGACCCCAAGCACGUUCAGACGGGCUUCAAACAGUGCAAGCUCCAAGUCCGACGACAGUGAUGUCAGCACUAGUGGGAAUGGAUUCAGUGUCACCGUUGGGGUCAGGGUUCGACCCUUCAAUGACAGGGAGAAAGCCGACAAUGACGUAAAGUGUGUCAUAGGCAUGGACGGUAACGAGGUCCAGAUCUCAUCUCGGUAUGGUCAGCCCAGCCAUUUCUGCUACGACCAUUGUUUCUGGUCAGUGGACAAGACCAGUUCAGACUUCUCUGGUCAAGAGGCUGUCUACAGAGCCGUUGGUCAACCACUCCUACGCAGUGCCUUUGAGGGAUAUAAUACCUGUCUGUUUGCUUAUGGCCAGACAGGGUCAGGGAAGUCAUACACUAUCAUGGGCUCCAGCGAUGAGAGAGGCAUCAUCCCCAGGUUCUGCAAGGAUCUCUACCGGAGGGUGGAGGAUCCCCAGGAGACCAAGGUCUCCUUUAAGGUGGAGGUGAGCUUCUUUGAGAUCUACAACGAGAAGAUCCACGACCUCCUCGCUCCUGGCGUGGAGAAGACGGACAAGUGGGACAAGUCCGCACCGAAGAAGAUCACCCUCAAAGUGAGAGAACAUCCAACCCAGGGACCAUAUGUGGAAGGACUGUCUACAUUUAAAGCCAACUCCUACUCAGAUAUUCACUCGUAUAUUGAGCGAGGCAAUAAGCAACGGGCCACCGCUGCUACGGGCAUGAAUGAUAAAUCUAGCCGUUCACAUUCAGUCUUUGUCAUCAUGAUGACUAAAACAAAGAAAGAGGUAUUUGAUGGUGAGGAGCAUAUCCACAGUGUGACCAGUAAGAUCAAUAUCAUUGACCUGGCAGGAAGUGAACGCUGUGCGGCAACCAACACAACAGGCGACCGCUUGAAGGAAGGGGCUAACAUCAACCGUUCCCUGAUGACCUUAGGAAAGGUCAUUUCAGGACUCUCGGACAAGUCCCUCAACCCCAAGAAGAAGGUCUUCAUUCCCUACAGAGAUAGUGUACUUACAUGGUUGUUACGAGAGAGUUUGGGAGGUAACUCCAAGACGGCCAUGAUAGCCACGGUCAGCCCCGCCAGCACACAGAGCGAGGAGACACUGAGCACGCUCAGGUAUGCCAAGCAGGCUCGCUCCAUCAUCAACGUCGCCAAGGUCAACGAGGACCCUAAUGCAAGGCUUAUCAGAGAGUUGAGAACUGAAAUUGAGAAACUCAAAUCCAUGGGCUAUACCACAAGGGGAAGGAGGCAGAGCGAUGAGGAGCGAAAUAAAAACGAAGAACUGGAAGGAUUGAAGGAGAGACUGACAGAUUCACAUAGGAGGAUGACAGAAAUGGAGGAAGCAUGGAAGGAGAGAGUGAGAGAAGAAGAGACAAAGAGGAAAAAGAUAGAAUCACAGCAGAAAGAGAAGUUGGAUUCAGCUUUCCAGGUGGAUAACACCUUACCCAACCUGGUCAACCUCAACGAGGAUCCUCAGCUUUCAGAGGUUCUCCUCUACGUCCUAAAGGACGGCGAGACCCAUAUUGGACGCACCAACCAGAGCGCCCCCAACGGCAUCCAUCUCAACAGUGCCCUGGUUGAAGAGGAUCAUUGCAUGAUUAUCAACAAUGGUUCCUAUGUGACCGUCAGGCCGGUGAAUGAUGCAGAGACAUUUGUGAACGGAGAUAGGAUACACAGAGGAAGAAGACUUCAUCAUGGAGACCGGGUCGUAGUUGGCAACUAUUAUUUCCGUUACAAUGACCCUAAAGAGGUUCGUCACGCAGGUCAGAGGUCAAAGGUCAAGGUCGGCUUUGAGUUUGCCAGGAAUGAGCUGGCAAAUGCACAAGGAUCAAGGCUACAGUCAGAGAAGGAAGAGGCAAGACUUCAGACACAGAAAGAAAUGUUGAAGGGCAUCGAAGAAGCAAGGAAAGCAGCGCAGAAGGAGCUUGAAACUCAAAGCAGAAAUUAUGAAAGGAAGAUUAAAGAGUUAGAGCAUGAACUGAGGAAUAUGUCUGUGGUAGGCCAUAAGAAAGAAGAGAAUCUCAGACAGAGAACGGAUAACAGAGUUGAAGAACUGCAGCAAGAAAACAAGAUGUUGAAGCAGGAGCUGGAGUCCAACAGGAGACGCCUGGAGCUGGAGACCAGGGAGGCUCGGAAGGCCCUGGAGCAGGGCACCACCCACCACACCAGGAUCCUGCAGGAGCUUGAGAAGGAGAAGGAGCGGCUCCUGGGUAGCGUGGAGGCGCUCCAGGCGGCCCAGAGGGAGCGCAAGCAGAGGAAAGGAGCCGGGAGGGUGGAGUCUGGGCUCCAGGGCAGGAGGGAUCUGCUCCAGUUGUCCAUGCGGCUUCAGGAAGCAAACAACAUCAGUACCAAACUCAAGAGACACUUAACCUUCAGCAGACAUGAUGAGCAGUCAUCGAACCUUCAUGGCCAGAGGUCAGAGGUCACCAUAAGGGUCAAUGACACGAAGAAGGGGUUGAUGACCUUCUGGUCACUGGAUAUGUUUGAAGAAAAGCUGCUACAGAUGAGAGAGGCUUUCCAGGGUAACUGCACCAGUCGUGAAGUCGAUGCCAUAUUCACAAGCAAGAAUGGAAGCUGGGAAAAGGAUUUCAGACUUGAUUCACCAAUUGCGCACAGGCAAUUCACUUGCUCAUCAAGAAGCGACUCCUCAGCUACAACUCCUGCACGAUCAUCAUCCACCACCAACGGACAACAUCUCCAGUCUUCAGCGGUUGCCAACGUCAACAACAGUCUAGAUGCCAUCACCACAUCCUGUCUGCAUCACCUAGCAACAAGAGUGAUGAGACCAGGAAGGAGGGAGGAGGAAGGGGAGCAGACCCUUGCAGACAGGACCAUAGGAUGCAUGCACCGUCUGCUGGUUGCCAUGGAGACGAUGAGGGAGUGCAGCAAGACAGGGGAUGGUAAGCCCAUCGAGUCGUCAGUACUCCAAACAACGAUAUCCAUUGACAUUUUAAACUGUCUUUCAAACCUAUGGGCCACCUUGGUUCAUCGGCAAGAUGAGGAACACAGUCAACAUCGCCCUCAUCAGGCCAAAGCUAGCCAGAGUCUAGUGGAGCAAAUGGAAGACUGCAGUCAGAAACUGGCCAAGCAAAUCUAUGAAAUGAUACAGAAUGUCACAAAGCAUGGCAACAGGGAUAACUACAGAGCCGCUAGUGAAAUGCAGAAGGACCUUAUAUUCAGUUCACGUAUCUUAGGAGAACUUUGCUUCAUCACCGACACCCCAUGCUGGUUUAUGGGUCAGGGAGAGCAUGACGAAGACAAACAAAUUGACUUCAAACUAAAGCAAGGUUUCUUGGACGGUGCUGAUGUGUUUGUUGAUAAGACCAUCCAAGAGAGCCUUACUGCCAUUGGUCAGUUUGAAAUGCAGCUUCGUUCCACCCUCCAUGACCACAACCUUAAAGGGGAAGUCAAGAAGCCGCUAGACCUGGUCCUCUCCAUCUCCACCUCCGCCAAGAUCCUUCUAAACAAGACCCAGGAGGCCCAGCUGGAGCUGAGCAGUACCCAGACCAGUCCCCCCGAGGACCAGUCUAGACCAGGAUCCUACUACAGUCAGUCCUAUGCCCGUAGUCUGGGCCUGUCGGGGGAGAUCCAUGAUCUGAGGAGCCACAUUCAGGAGCUCUAUGACGUCAUCGUGACUGGAUGGAAAGGAAACCAGUCAAACGAUCCUGAAAGUGGAAUGAUUGGCUCUGAGUUUGAUCCUCUGAAGUUGCGUCUACCAACCGACGCUCUCCUAGUGGUGGUCAACCGUCUCCCGCAAGCCGCAUCCACCAAGGAGGUACUUGGUAACCAAAGCAACCGCUCCGCCCUCUCCGACACCUCCACCACCUCCUCGAUGGACGGUCCCUGCCGGCCGACGGACCUGGUGCGCCUCGCCAGCAGGCAGCUUCUCACACACCUGAGGGCGCUACAGGGUUACAUCCGCGCCACCGUCAGAAAGUCCAGGAUUCCCACCGACGCGGAUACGGGGGCGCGGCGCAACAAACACGUCCGGUUUGCGGAGCAUCUCAACAAGAAGGCGUUCAUCUAUAAGUACUCGUCUAUGUCCUCCUCGGACACUGAUACGAGUGGAACGUGAGAUAUCCAUACACCUCUGUUCACAUCUCACGUCGUAAAAUGCCUUUAAAACAAUUCACAUCAAAAUGAAUUGACAUAAGUAUCAUGCAACUUACAUUUCUGUAUCCUAUAACACACAGAUAAGCCAGUAUGUUUUAAAUAGGGGGUAGCGUAAAGUGCAGAUAAUUUUCUGCUCACCCCUGUUUUCCAUUUAUUUAUACUCAAAAACAUCGCCACGGUUUAUUGCAGCAUAUGUGAACGAGCCUAUAGUGGCCCCUGAGCCUGGGGCUAGCAGAUGAGGCAAGUGUUGCUCCUUAGACAAUGAAAUGAAUCGGUGACACAUCCCAAGCCAUGCAGGUAGUUAGUGCUUCAAAUCAGUAACUUUUUAUAACUGAUUCUGAAUCUUAUUUCACCUUUAUGCGUUGUACUCAGUUUUACAGGCUUCCGCCAGUAGAAAUUAAACUUCUAAUCUACAGCUCAACUGUAGUAGAUUUAGAAAAGAUUUAAAUCUGGGACUGCAGCAAUUUAUGACAAAUCAUUAUGGUUUGGGCCCUGAUGAUCCCAUAUGUGCUUAAUAGAUAUUGGCCCAAUCUAUGCCAAGAUAAUGGAAAUAUGACGACUAACAAGGGUUUAGGAUACUAAAGAAUUUCACCUUCAUUAGGGGAAAGACCAAAUGUUAGAGCAAACAUGUUACAUGUAAAUAAGAAAGCACAUAAAUAGUUCAAAUUGUUGUAGAAAGUUUGCCAAUGCUAGAAGGUACAGUGAAACCUGUCUAUAGAGACCACCCAAGGGAGACAAGAAAAGUGAUCUUCACAG